AUGGACCAGGCGGAGAAACUGACGGCGUUGAAGAAGGCAUACGCCGAUAUAAUCCUCAACACGGCGAAGGAGGCGGCGGCGCGUGUAAUGGUGUCGGAGAAGAGAGCUGUUCGCCUUCAAAGGGAGAUCCUUUACACUAAAGAAGAGGCGCUUCGGAUGCUUCUCAGGCUUAAACACACCUAUGAUUCUAAGGUUGGUGAAGCAGAGAUGAAGUCCAUGAGUCAACAGGGAAAGAUUGAUGAGCUUGAAGCACAGCUCCAGGAAGCCGAGGAUAUAGUUAGUGACCUUAGGGGAGAGUUGAGUGUAGUACAGGAUCGACUGGAGAAGGCAAAAAAGAGACGAGCACUGGAGAGGCAAAAUUUAGAGGUUGAUACUGCUGUUCAAGAAAAUAUGUCACAGGAUGGACAGUGUUUUCCAGAUAUGAUUACAUCUCAACUUAAUCCUCAGGCAGAUGUGGUGGCAACUAAUGGCAAGAAGUCCAACUGGAAUAGGACAUAUGAGGGCAGCAAGUGUUACGUUGAAUCUGAUUCUCUCAAGAAUCAUAAUUGUGUUCAUGAUCCUGAUUUUGCCGCUAUAGUAAUGAGAAGUAAAGAGCCUGAUUCAUACAGAAAUGGGUGCACUCAGAGAAUCCGUGCUUUUGAAAGAUACUUGUUUGAUGAAAAGUUGUCUCUUUCUGGACUAGUUGAUGAUGCAAAGUAUGCAACAUUCAUCAGCGGAAAUGGUGAAGGCAAAGGGGUGUCUGUAACACCUACACCAAAGUUUGACGAUUUGCAUGAAGUAGAGAAAAACCUAGUAGAAUUGGAACUGAGGCAUGCGGAUGCAAGCCAUAGAAGAGAAAAGGAGCAGCCAGAAAUAGAAGUACCUGCAAUUUUGUCCUCCUGCAGGAAGAGAAAAAGAACUGCCAGAAAUAGAAGUGCAUCUCCUUUAUCCACAUAUCUUGGCCAUCUUCCUCAUCAGUUCACGGAAAUGCGCCAAGUUUCUGGUUUAUCGUGCUGCACUACUUCUCCUAACUCAGCCAAUAACAAUGGUUUUACAGUUAUUUCUGCCAAGAGAUGUGAUGAUGAAGUAACAGCAUCUGUUUCAAGCCCAAAGGCAACUUCAAAUACAACGGAAAUGAGCUCAGAUUCAGCCAUUGAUAUGGUUACUGAUAGUGAUGUACAAUUGACUAGACCCUGGACUGUUCAGAAAGAGACCAAUAUUGAUAAGUCGUUGACUGAAAAAACUGAAUUGACCAGACAAGAAUGGUCUUCUGCAGAAAGUUUGGAGGUUCUGGCUUGCAAUACAGAUCUUCAGAAAGUUGAAUCAGUUUUGGAAGCAUCUCAUAUAGAUGACCUGGUGGCUAGUCAACCUGAAAGCAAUAAGAUUCUGAAAUAUACAUUCCACAGAAAGUGUAAGAAGGAUAGCUUGAGCAUGCCUGAAAGCAACUCCCAGUAUGGGACUUUGGAGGGAAAUACAAGUGAGACAAUAAUUGGUCCUCUGCAUCCAGAGCAGUCGACCUUGAUGCUUGAAUCGACUCGGGAUAGUGACGACUAGGACUGGUUGUUCAUCAGCUUAUCUCUCCCUCGGAGAGGAAUUGAAACCAGUGCCUCGGCUUUCUGAAUUCAAUGAUGAAUAUUAUUGAGGGAGAGAAAAUCAAAAGAUAUAGUGACAUUAUUGAGGAACAACUAGAUUCUUGAGUUUACUUAUAUGGGAAUUAUGUAUAGUAUAGAAAUUGAAGUCACAAUAUUGUGACAUUUUACUUCUCUGUAAUAUCUUGCAUUAUAAACUUUAGUAAAUGAUAAAUUGCAAUUUUCAUUGGA